AUGUCGGAGCUGGAACCUCCAAGGAAGAGUGUGGAGCUGCAGGACCCCGGUGCACAUGAGCUGGAGUCUUCAGACGGAGAUGACCAUUUCUCUGACGCCUCAGAGGGCAACAAGUCAAGCGCAGACCGAUCCUCCGUAGCCUCACCUGUCCCUGUGACCCGCGUGGAAAAGAUCGAUGAUGAGCCUAGCUAUGGAGAAGUGCCGGGUACAUCGGCAUACAACAUGAGGACGCAGGACGCAGUGCCGGAUGAAGUGGAGAUUGUCCCGGAGGGCGGUCGCAGCAGAAGCACGUCAAGGCUGAGCGUUUCGGACCGCCCUACCACUCCGCUGUCCCCCGGUGGCACCCCCAUCCCUAAGACGGUCGUUGAAAAGGUCGAUGAUACGCCGAGCUAUGGCGAAGUUCCCGGGACUGCUGCAUAUGCAAGCCACCAGGCCGACGCUGUCCCUGACGUUGUGCUCAAGGCUCCGGAACCACCCAAAGGUAAGCUAACCAGAGUUCUGUUUUCUGGUUUCGUCAACGAACCAUUGACGGGACAAGGAUCGCCAACUGCCUCUGAUAGAUCGGACCAAGUAGACGAAACUCUCGCCGCCCCCGCCCCCGCCAACGACGACAAACAGGAGGAGGAUAUGGGAACGUCGCAAGUUUCGGAUCCGGAUCAGGAAACAACAGCUGCGGAUGACAAUCAUGAAUUCGGCGAUGACUUUGACGACUUUGAAGAGGGCGGGGAGGAGGACUUCGGAGACGAUUUUGGUGAUUUCGAUGAUGGCUUCCAGAACGCGGAAGAUGAAACCGCCAAUGCUUUUGAAGAGCCUGCCCCUCUGCCUCCUGUAUCCGACCCCUUACCUUCACUUCCAAUCCCCAGCUUCGACGACCUCGACAGCUUGGCCGAUAUUGUGAGUGCCAGCCAGCCCUUCGUGGACAAGGUAUUCGAGUCAUCCUUUGUCGACCGCCCGACCAUAGAGCAAGAGGUCAACCCUUCCCUACUGUCAGAAAGAAGCUUGUCUCUAUGGGCUCAAUUAGUAGCCCCGCCGCCGCUUCAACCUCCGAACUGGGUCCGCUCGCGCAUCAGGCGGCUGUUUCUUGUUUCUUUGGGGGUGCCAGUCGACCUCGAUGAAAUUCUCCCUGCCAGUAAGCAAAAGAAAUUGGUGCUCCCCUCGGUCAACAUUCCCGGGGACCGCUCUCCGCGCGUCUCUUCCGAUGACCGCACAAAUGGGACUGUGGCCCGGUUAAAGAAAGAGGAUAACGACUCGUCAACGUCGGUCAACUCGUCUUCAUCGAAAACGGAGCGGAAAAGGCGUGGACCGCCUCCUCCGCCGGAGUUCGAUAUCACGGCCGUCACCAUGCUCUGCUCCACUACGGAUGCGGCGCUCCAGAAUUUCACGGCGGGGGAGCUCGAAGCGCAUGUGAGGACGCUCCAAGGACUGCAGAGACGGGCGAACGAGGUGUUGGACUACUGGACCAAGCGCAAGGAAAGUGCCAUUGGCGACAAAGAGGCGUUCGAAGGGGUCAUUGAGAAUCUGGUGAAGCACGCCAAGAAGGUGAGGAAAUGA